CGUGCACAGCCGGUUGCGAAGUACGGAUCGUACGUGUUGUAUGAUAGUCUUCGUGAGUUGAGAAUAACGUUUACUGUGCUAGAGAAAUUAAACGUGCGUUUUCUUUUCAAGAAAAUAAAGUUUCAAAGCGACGUAUGUUAAAGCUUUGAUAAUAUUUGUCGGUGUGCAAAAGAGUCUUUUUAAAUUUUUCUAUAUUCAUCACUAGUGAAUCUAAAAGAUUAAAUUUGUGAAACAAUUGUCAUCAAGAUAGUUUAAAAAUGAGAAAAGUUAUGGAGAAACAACUAUCCUGGCUAGCCCUUAUUGUUACUACAUUUUAUUCAUUGGUUGGCAGUUGUCGGAGCCAAGAGUGCGGGCACGAAAGGUUGGCGAGAUGCGGAAGGCCUUUCGAGAGAAUCAACACCAACGACUUGAGCUUCGUGACGAAGAAGGAGGAACUUCAACAGCUAUGCCCAGAUUUCGAGGCUGGCAUGAAGUGCAUCCAGACGUAUACGUUCGACUGCAUGGAAGAGAAACAAAGGGAACACUUCAACUCGUUAUACGUAGGCACCAACAAGGUAGUCAUGGAGCUAUGUCAAGAUGGCCCUUAUCAAGACGAAUUUCUUCAACACGCGCCAUGCAUGCAAAAAGUGCAACCUGAAUAUGAGCUUUGCUACAAGAAAUAUCAGAAAACCACUCAGGAAAUCGAAAGGAGAAAUGACACGAAUGGAUCUCUCAAAUCUCUGUGCUGUGGCUUCAAGGAAUUUUUGGAAUGCUCACACCAUACGGUCCGCCGACAAUGUGGCGAUGACACAGCUCGAUUUGCAAAGGAUUUCCUUGACAGAAUGUCGAGCUCGCUUCUCAGGGUACACUGCGCUCCGUAUACCGACGAGGUGUGCACAAUCGGAAAUAGCGGGAGCAUGUACAGGAUUCAGGCUAUAGUGAUCGUGAUGGUGGCGGUGCUCGCGACGUACUUCACGUAAGCGAUUAAAUGGCACUCGUAGCCGGAAAAAGGGGACGAUUUCCGUGCAUCACGAGCGUCACGAUGCUGAAACCGGGGGGCCCUCCGUUCGUUCUCCGCUUCAGAUUCGCCAGAGUAUUUUUUUUAUUUUCCAACGAGCAACCAAGGAGAAAGAAAGGAGAUAGAAGAUAGUAGAGAGAGAGAGAGAGAGAGAGAGGAAAGAGAAAAGGGAUGAGAGAGGGAAGAGAGAAGAAAGAAAGAGGACGGAAAGAGGCACGUGCAUGCGAACUCUGAGUGGGUCGAGAGUAUUAUAACUGGAAUGCGGGGAACGAGAGAUAAAGGAUGAAAGAGGGAGAUGAAGGGGAAGAGGAAAAACGAAGGAGACCGAUGGAAAAGUUAAGGAAAGCGAAUAAACUGGUUGGACGCGAUCAAAGAGACGGCGAGAGGAAAGUUAGCCACGUUUCUCCGCACGCGAACUUCGCCGUUGCGUUCGUGCGGCAACCGUUCUCUUUGACACAGAACGCCCGGGGAAAACAAAGAGGAGAGAGAAAGAGAGAGAGAAGACGGACACAGUGACGAGCUUAAUCAAGCAAUCAGAAGGCACGUGCGCCUAGAAUCGAACGUGUUCGUUCGAUUCUCAUUCUGGCUGGUUUCUACCCACUAGGGUUCUCGAUGCUUGAAAAUCGAUCGGAACCACAAGUUGGAUCAAUGGCCGAGUUGGAAGGGGAGGAAAAAGUCAACCGGCUGGAUCUAGUCGUGCCGUACCUUGGUUACGUUAGCUUUUAUUUAUCGAAUAGUUGCUCUAUUUAAGUAUUCGUCAUCCGUAGCAAGAAAGAAGGAAAAAAAAAAAAAAAAGAAAAAUUAAAAAAAAAAAUUCAGCUUGGAAAAAUGUGUCUCGCGUGAUAGGAAGAGAAAGAGAGGGAGUGUGUGUGUGAGAGAGAGAGAGAGAGAGAGAGAAAAAGAGAAGAAAGCGUGGAUACAUUUUUAUCAGAGAGGGAAGCAUCGAAUGAACGAAUUCGAGAAUGUUGGAAUUCUAUUUUGAACUUCGUUAUCGGAAAUAAUAGUGGCACGAAGGAAAUAAAAAAUAUAAAUCGUGACACGUAAAAAUGGAAUUUUUAAAGUGUCGCCAAGUGUUCAAUUGUCAAUAGCACGGAAAAAAAAAGAAGUAUUUCGCUUUCAUGAAAACGGAUUUAACUUCCGAAGUUAAGGAUUAAUUUCUUUCCUUGCGAUAAUAAAUCCACUUGGAAAAGCGAAAGGGAGAAAUAUGAAGAAGAAAGAAAUGCGAAAUUAUCGACAAAAAAUAUUAUCCCUGACUAGUCGAUUAGUUUCUGUUUUCAAAGCAAACACGAUGAAACGAGCUGUUGGGAUAUUGUAGAGAUAACACCAAUUUUUCUAACCAAUAUAUUAGGUGUUUCUGAGGAUCGGAUACGUGAAGGAACCCAAUUCGCAUGAAAUAGCGACGAAGCUGCGGGGAAUCAGAAAGAAAUGUUCGAAGAUUGAUAUCGUUAUAUCAAUCUUUCGGACCUAACUUUCGUUUCACAUCCAAUAAUUCGGAAAUUUAUUCGAAUUAUUUCUCUACUUUCGAUUUUCUGUGUUUCAAAGAUGAUCUUUUGAAAGUGAGCAUCGAAACAAUGAAAUGGAAAAUCGUGCUUCCAUCUAUUAUAUCUAAAUGACUAUAAUUAAACAGGAUGACUCGACUAAACUUUUUUACCAAACGUCUACUAAAUGCUCGCAAAAUCAACGAUCAUACAGAAGAGUGGACUUUAAAAGAAUCGAAUCGAUUCGUAUAUUCUAAAGGUUACGAACUGCGCGAUACUUUAUUCGCGGGUAAUGAUACAACAGUAUUCUCAUUUAAGGAAAUCACCGACAAUGGAACGAAACGACGUACUCGAAAUAAACCGUGAGAUACCGUGGGAUAUCAAAGAAAAUUGACAAACGAAGCUCUGGCAUUUUGUUAUACAACGAGUACUUCAUUUUGUCUUGUUAGAAGAGUGAAGCUUUUAUUGGAACGAGCGUCUCGUGUAUAGUGCUGUGCAAAUAUUCAAGAAAGAAGGUGAAUUAAUCGUUGGAGAAGAAGAAGAAAAAGAAGAA